UAAUAAAUAAAUAAAAGUUAACCAUGUCUUUCCAAUCUAUACUCAGAGCAAAAUGUGUUACAACUACAUCGCUUUUUUAAUUUCCAUACACCAUUAACCAAUCAUAUAUUAAAGGCCAUUACUAAGACAAAGAGAGGAUGCAACGCAGAAAGUUUGUUACAUCCCAGAUUUGAGCUUACAUUGACGUGAGAAAAGAGGGUUUUUUUCUUUCUUUUCCUUCUGGCUUGGUGUCAGAAGAGCUUUAUUCAAAUUUGAUAUUUGCCAAAUUUGAACGUUUUCUUUUUCUUUUAUAUACUAAAUAAUAAUUAGUGGGAGAAUCUGAAGUAGCUUUGCUAAAGAUGAUGGCUGGCGGAGAUGCUUUUAUCAUGUAGGUUGUGAAAGACUUUAUCUUUACGUGAUCAAAAGAAAAUGAAAAAGAAUUGUUAGAAAAUCAAAAAGAAAUCAAGGCAAAGAAAGAGAUUCCUUUGGUUCACACUUCACACACAGACAGAGAGGAAUUUUUGCCUUUAUUCAUGUUCGCACUUCACAGUUCACGCCUUUUCUCUCAUUCUCUUUUAUCUUAUGAUUCCUUCUUUCUCCCCAAGUUGAUCUCCUGUCAUAGGAUAGGUGCACAAUAAGAACGCACCACCUUAGGCCUUAAGGCUUAACCUCAUCCCCCAUUCAGUACUUAAUUGCAUUCUUCUGGCGUUUCCCUUUUAUGCAAUGACACUUUCUUUAUAUAUUGAGAAAAUAGUUCUUUCACUGUUAAUGCUUAUCUUCUUGUAACUCCCUUUUUCUUUCUUCUUCUUUUUCACUGUCAUUCCAGUGCAGUUUCUCACCACCUUUCUGGUUUUCAGAUUCUUUUGUUUUAACUUCUGUUGCUGGUUUUCAAAGAUUUUCUAUUUGGAGUAGUUUUUUUAGCUUGAGGCUUAGAGAAAGUUUUGGUUUUUAAGGAAGGCCUAAACUAAGAAGAAGGAAGAGAAAAAAUGGCAGGAGGAGGGGGUGGUGGUGGAGGAGGUGGUGGCGGAGGAGCUGCACCACCACCAAAGCAAGAUGAAUUACAGCCGCAUCCAGUUAAGGAGCAGCUGCCUGGGGUUGCUUAUUGCAUUACUAGUCCUCCUCCUUGGCCUGAGGCUAUAUUAUUGGGAUUUCAACAUUACUUGGUGAUGCUUGGGACAACUGUUCUCAUACCUACCUCUCUAGUUUCUCAGAUGGGAGGCGGAAAUGAAGAGAAAGCAAAGAUGAUUCAGACAUUGCUAUUUGUGGCUGGUGUGAACACAUUGCUUCAAACAUUGUUUGGUACCCGUUUACCAGCAGUGAUUGGAGGUUCCUAUACCUACAUGCCAACCACCAUUUCCAUCAUCUUGGCUGGCCGCUAUACUGACAUUGUAAAUCCUCAAGAGAAAUUUGAGAAGAUAAUGCGUGGAAUCCAAGGUGCCCUCAUUGUUGCCUCGACCCUUCAGAUUGUCCUCGGAUUUAGUGGCCUUUGGCGUAAUGUUGCAAGGUUCUUAAGUCCUCUGUCAGCUGUUCCCCUGGUUGCUCUCUCUGGCUUUGGACUCUAUGAGUUUGGAUUUCCUGUGCUUGCCAAAUGCAUAGAGAUAGGGUUACCAGAGAUCAUUCUUCUCUUAGUUUUUUCACAGUAUAUACCUCAUAUUACACGUGGGGAGCGGCAAGUGUUUGACCGCUUUGCUGUCAUAUUCUCAGUUGUGAUUGUGUGGAUAUAUGCUCACCUGCUGACUGUUGGUGGAGCAUAUAAGAACAGUGGACCAAAAACUCAAAUAAGCUGCCGGACCGAUCGCGCUGGGAUUAUAGGUGCUUCUCCUUGGAUAAGAGUUCCAUAUCCUUUUCAAUGGGGAGCUCCAACAUUCGAUGCUGGAGAAGCUUUUGCUAUGAUGGCAGCUUCAUUUGUUGCUUUAGUAGAGUCUACUGGUACCUUCCUUUCUGUUGCAAGAUAUGCAAGUGCAACUCCAAUGCCCCCUUCCAUUCUUAGCCGUGGUAUCGGUUGGCAGGGUAUUGGCAUUCUCUUUUCUGGGAUAUUUGGAACUGGGAAUGGGUCAUCCGUUUCAGUCGAGAAUGGCGGUUUGUUGGCAAUGACACGUGUCGGAAGCAGAAGAGUUGUCCAGAUAUCUGCAGGGUUCAUGAUCUUCUUCUCCAUCCUUGGAAAAUUCGGAGCUGUUUUCGCAUCAAUUCCAGCUCCAAUCAUUGCAGCUUUAUAUUGUCUUUUCUUUGGAUAUGUUGGUUCAGGGGGUCUCAGUUUGCUUCAAUUCUGUAACCUAAACAACUUCAAAAUAAAGUUUAUAUUAGGUUUCUCUGUUUUCAUGGGACUAUCAAUACCGCAGUACUUCAACGAGUACACAGCAAUUAACGGUUUCGGUCCAGUUCACACCGGCGCCAGAUGGUUCAAUGACAUGAUAAAUGUGCCGUUCUCAUCCGAAGCAUUUGUUGCGGGUUCAUUGGCGAUGUUUCUUGAUGUGACGUUGCACGGGAAAGACAAUGCGACUAAGAGGGAACGUGGCAUGCACUUGUGGGAGAAGUUCAAAUCAUUUAAAAAAGAUGCAAGAAGUGAGGAGUUCUAUGCCUUGCCUUUCAAUCUCAACAAGUUCUUCCCAUCAGUGUGAAGUUGGACACAGCUUAUAAGCUUGAUGCUCAAGCCAUGCAUGCAACCUCAAUACUACGCUUCCAUCACUAGAAACUCCAUCUUUGCCCAUUUUCACUAAUUCCCAACUCCAUGAUGAAAAACAAACAUACGCUGGUGCAAAGUAGUGCUGCAAACAAAUAUGUACAUUCAGUGAUACUUCCAUAUCGCCUUAAAUCCCAAAAUGCUGAAUGCUAUUACAUUACAACUCACAAGCAGAUUAUUUAGGACAUCUUACAUAACAUAGUGGGUAUGUCCAUUAUUGGACUUCUAUUAAAGCCCAGUGAACCAUCUCCAAACUCUACCAUCCGUCAGAUUAUUGGGUUCAAAUUUUUUUGUAGUUUUCUCCUGCGGGUCAAUAUUUGAUGUUGGUUUUUUCCAUUCGCAUCAUCUUGUCGCCAACAUAGUUUGCAUAUGCAUCUAUAUGGAGUGUAGUCAUAUCUGAUACAAACAGAACAUAUAUGAAUGCUUAAGAAAAAGUUGAGAUUGUAGGAUGAGCAGAUUGGAUUAUUUGAA